CAGUGUACACGUCCCACGUUCUUUUUCUUCCCUCUUUUAGAACCUCUCUCUCUCGCCCCCCCCUCCCAUCUUGCCACUUAUCCUCUUUCUCUCAUCUAUUCUCUCUAUCUCACCGGAAAAAGAAAACACCGAUUCAAUACGACGCUGUUAGAACACGACCAUGUUGGAUCUCAGUCUUGGUAUGUUCUCUAACUAUGGAGAAGAUCAAGAUCGCAAAGUACCAUUUGUCUCAACCGCCGGUGACGAAGAAUCUAACAUCUCCUCUUCGUCUUCCAAAGAUUCCGUCGCCGGAAAAGAUUUCAUCACCUUUGGGAUUCUCAAACGCGACGAUGAUGUCGUUCCUCCUCCUCCUCCUUCUAGAGAAACCGGAGAUCUUUUCCCCGUGGCUGAUGCUCGCCGGAACAUUGAGUUCGCCGCAGACGACGGUCACUGGUUGAGACUGUCGUCUUUACAGAGGAACAAGCAGCAAGUGGCAAAGAAGAGCAGAAGAGGACCAAGGUCACGAAGCUCCCAGUAUCGUGGCGUCACUUUUUACCGUCGCACCGGUCGUUGGGAAUCUCAUAUUUGGGAUUGUGGAAAGCAAGUUUAUUUGGGCGGGUUUGAUACUGCCUACGCAGCAGCAAGGGCCUACGACCGAGCUGCUAUCAAAUUCCGUGGUCUCGACGCAGAUAUCAACUUCGUUGUGGAGGAUUACAAACAAGACCUCGAUAAGAUGAAGAAUAUGAAUAAAGUGGAGUUUGUGCAAACACUUAGGCGAGAAAGUGCGAGUUUCGGAAGAGGAAGUUCCAAAUAUAAAGGCUUGACUCUUCAAAAAAACACCCAACUCAAAACUCAUCACGAUCAGAUUCAUCUCUUCCAAAACAGGGGAUGGGAUGCAGCAGCGAUCAAAUACAAUAAUGAGUUGGGAAAGGGAGGAGUCAUGAAGUCUCGUGCCCCUAUUAAAGGAAAUAUUCACAAUGAUCUUGAAUUAAGUCUUGGCAUUUCAUCAUCAUCGCAAAAUAUAAAGAUGACAACAAGCGACUUCUACAAAGGUAUUAACCAAUCCGCGAUGGGUUUAUUCGGUAAGCACUUACCGAUCUAUUUACCGGUGACGACCAUGAACCCUUUAAAGACAGUUGCAGCAUCAUCAGGAUUCCCUUUUAUCACCAUGACCACAUCCUCCUCUUCCUCCAUGUCCACUAGUUUUGAUCCAUAAGAUCGAUAUAUACUACUCUAUUUUAAGUGUUUUGUUUAUUCUUCUGAUUUUUUGUAUAUCGAACAUAAAUUUGAUCCAUAAUGAGUGACAAAUAUUAAACGU